AGAGCACGUAUUGACUUGUACUUGCGCAGUGUUUUUGUUUCGCCUCCUGGACAGUGAUCGGCGUACAGGAGGAGAAGUUUAUUUCUAGUUUCCCCUUCUUUUUCGCCAUGGAGGCUCAGGCACAUUUCUCCCGAGAGGAAAUCAACAGCACGGUGUGGGAAGUCCCGGAGAAAUACACGCGGCUCAAACAGAUAGGGACCGGGGCGUACGGCUCCGUGUGGUGAGUGACUUGUCAAUUACUGCAUGAAGUGUGUGUGUGGUAGUAGAGACUGGGCUGUGUAUGAAUGCUAGGAGCCUGAGCCAAGCAUUCAUAAACCUGUACUGUACUGGCUGCAUGCAGUCUGUGGUGGGCCUGAGAUUUAAUGUACAUCAGCACAGUGUCCAUCUACAACACAGAGAGAAACUCGUGGGGACAAGUUACACCAUGGUAGCAAGUUUUAACACCUCACAGCACAUCCAAACAAAUCUCACAACCCUUAUCUUAAAUCUCUUUAUCUGUAUGGCGAUAGAGGGACUUAUAGCUAUGACAGUAAAGAAAGAUGGCCACUGUCCUCUGUGAUUUCCAUGGACAGCUUUAUUUAAAGUUACAGUAUUGUCUUGUGAGGGCCACAGAAAUAGAUCAUUUACAUGUUACACAACACCCCAGGACAUCGGAGGAGGCAAUAUGAUGUAGCCUGCUGUUGAUUUUUUUUUACAGGGUCUCUUUGUCUCAAUGUGUAUAGUUAAUGUAUGGUACAGUUAUGUUUUUUUGCACAUAUAUGUGGGGUUAAAGGGGGCCCCAAACAGGGGCAGGUCCAGACUUAAUGACUGGGGUAGACCAAUCAGAGCUAUGCUGCUGACUUAUGCAUGAGGUAGUGCGCAUACACAAACAAAUAAGUAGCAUUUAUUUACUACUAACAUGAAUUCAAGCAAGAGAUCUUCCUUAUUGACAAGUACAUCAAAUAUGAUCAAUAAUCAUUAUAAGAAUCAUCAGUCUUCUUACUGAUGGUCUUGUUGUCUUGUUUUCUGUUUUAUAUAUUAAAAAGGCAUCAGUAUAUAUUUCAAUGUGACUCACUGGAGCUUUUUUUUUUUAAUUACAUAAACUAUGAUCACAUGUAAAUGAAGCAUCCAAGAAUGGGUAUUUAAACACCGAGAUAAUUAAAACAGCCUUCAGUCUAUCUGACAGAUGACGACUCUGAAAAUAGGCAUACCUUCAAUCUGUUUUUCAGUGGUAUACUCACCCUCACAUUUCAAAGCAGUCUUCAUUCAUAUGUCCUCUUUGAGCAUUACACUCUGUUACACCAUAUUUCUUGGCUGUCUGACAGCUGUUUAAUUGAGCAUGGCUUUUUUCCACAGAAAGGCAUCAUAACUUAGCUCCAGUUGUAGGUUAUCUUGUCAUGCUUAUGUGCUACGUUACUUAUGUCUCUAUGUCUACCUGUCGUCCAUCAUCCUUGCAGUAUAUAGCAGUAAGUGACGUCAGGCCUCAGUCAUUAGGGUAGCACUUGCUUUAUAGAUCAGUGCCUGGUCCUCUUUCUUAGCAAUUGACUACUGAUCCCCAGAUGUAAGACAGUUCCACUUUUUUUCCAGUGUCAAAGGAAAGUAAAGAAUACUCAGGUGAAUAUUUCUGUGAUUUUUCCACUUACACUGGACAGAGCGACACAACAGAGUUUGAAGUUUGAAGUUUAUUUCGAUAUGGUCAUAUCCAUUCAAUAUAUACAGUAAAUUACAAGAAAAGAAAACCGGACCGAAAAGGCAUAGGCUGAAGAGUUACAAAAAUUAAAUCUUAUAUGCCUGAUUCUUUAAGGAAGAUCUGUGUCCAAAGUGCAAAAAAUCUACUGGCACCCUAUUGUAGCACAGCCUAAACAAUUACCAGGGCUAUAAUACAAUCAUGUUUAGGAGUUCAAGGUGGUUCCUGGGCUGAUCAUUCAGAUUGACAGUGGGGCCAGGGCCACCCCAGCCGCCCCUCUUGGACAGAGAAGAAAUAAAAGACAAGCUUCACUUAAAAGUGACUGUUGCUUCUGUGUGUGUUUGAGCUCACAGAGUAAACAUAUCAGACACACCCAACAUUAUUGAUUUACAUGUCGUUCACUUAGCUGUCUAUGUAAAUGAAGUCAGUGUUAGGGCCAACCAGCUUUGAAAGACUAAUGAUUUGUUUGCCAUUUGUCGUAAUUGUCAUAUACCAUAUAUGAUAGACAAUAAUAAGACAUCAAAAGUCAGUAAAUACCUUUAAAAAGAACCAUUGUGAUUCUGAAAGAUUGUACAUCACACAUCACAAAGUUUGUACAUUUAUGACAACAUGAAUACAAGCUGCUGCCGCCAGUGUUGGUAAUAUAACUAGUUUGUAACCUGCUGUAAGAGCCACAGUUUAAUUUAAGAAAUAUGGGUAGCUACAUUUAAAAUUCCCCCUACCCAACUUCAUCAUAGACUGUUUUUUUUUCAUAUCCCAACAUUUAAAGUAGUUUUUACCAAUGCAAAUGAUCGAUUUGGUUUGUAUUAUGAUACGUCUUUCUAUUAUAAACUUAGCCUCUCUUAUAUUAUUGUACCUUUUUACGGUCUGAAAUGUGUCAGGCUCACUCUCAAAAACUCAACAUGUGUAAUGUUGGUGUUAACAUCAAAAUUGAACCUUUUAUAUCAUUAACACCCCCAGCCUAAAUUGCCUAAACCAUGGAGUACAUUACCAACUCUCCUGCAGCCUCACAUUGCUUUCAUCUCACUUCUGUGGUCGACCACACGCACUGGAGUCAAUUACUCCCGAACUCCAUUUUUGUGCUUUCAUUUCAUCUCUGCGCUGCAGGUGAUACAGAUUAUAUUCUAUCGAAGUACCCUGGCAGUAUCAUAUACGACGAUGUGUUUGGUAAAUUAUUUCUCCUUAAAUUGAAUAGUUUUGAAUUGCUGCAGCACAGAACCUGGAUGAACCUUAAUGAAUAAUCAGAGGGACAGAAACACUGAGAAUGGUAAAUGGACUGCACUUACAAAACUGAGAGCUUUUCUAGUCUCCCAGCACUCAAAGGGCUUUUUAUGCUACAUCACAUUCACCUAUUCACACACACACACACACACACUCACACAGGUUUAUACAACAAUGGUGAUGGCUGCUCUGAAAGGUGUACAUCAGAUUUGGCUAAUAUCCUUUAUAUGCCCCUGGCUUUGCCACGUGGAACAGUUUUGGCAUUCAGUACCUUGCCUCGAUAUGUGGACUGUGGGAUGGAACCACCAACCCCUGGAUAGAGAGGCAGCUAACUUUACCACGGAGCCACAGCCACCCUGAUUUAAUGCAUUCUGGCUGGUAUGGGUGUCAGGUGAAAUACAAGCAGCAGUCUCCAAUCUUCAGAGAGGCAGGAGUGCUAAAAUCUGCAGUUGUCUUUAGUAACCACCAGGGAUGUGAGAUAAAUUACUGUUAAAUUGUUUCAUAAUGUUAACUCCAAACUUGUUACUACUGCUAACAAAGUGCGUGGUUUAGGACUUUAGGGUGGCCAGUUGGAAUCGAGGGGUUGCCAGGGCCACCCACAGCUCCACCACUGGCCCUACAGGAAUUAUUGUAAAUUCAGGGAAUUAUGAUGCCACCCAGCUGACUAGUCAUAAGGUUUGCAGUCUGAGUUGUUCUGACAUGUAGUUACAUUUUAAAGAGGGUGCACAUCAUGCUACAUGUGUAGGUACAGUGAGCUAAGUGAGCCUCCGGCAAUCUAGAAGUAUAAAUCAGACUUUAGCAUGGAAGCUAAAAGUCUGCCUCUGCUCCGCCUCUUUGUGCCCACCAAAGUUUAACCAAAGACUGUGUAUAACACACAACAAGUGUCUAAACAUCAACACUUGGUUUUUGGAGUCAAGUUUAGAGCCCAUAAGUGAUCACCAUAUUUCAAAAGCUGACUCAGCAGAAGGGGUGUGAAAACGAAAGAAAUGUGCAAAAAAGUUCAUCACAAUGUCUUAAAGCUCAGAAGGAUUUUUUUUCCAAAUCCUUUUUGUCCAAAAAAACAAAACAGCUCAAGGACUCUUUUAUAAAAUAAACAAUUCAAAGCAUGAAACUAGCUCAUGUUCAACAUUUUCACAAAAAAAUAAAAGUAAUAAUAGUGCCUUAGCUAUUACAAUGUAGGAAUAGUGGGAGUUGUAAAUGUCUAAUCAAUGCAGCUGUACUCACCUUUUUGCCCGCAAGCCCUGCUAAUGAAGCUUGGAAGGUAGAAGUGAUCAAGGCCUUGGGGAAGUGAAAAGAGAAUCUGAAAGUCAAAGUAGUUUAACAUUCAUCCAUCAUCGUUGAUCUUUGAGCCACUGUUGUCAGAGCUGUAGUUAUUAGCAUGCUAACCAUGGUCACUGGGGUUUUAGGCUUUAUAGUGUGGGAGUUGUGGUCUAUUACAGCUCAAAAUGUCUGACCUUUAAAAGGAGAGCAUCUGAUAAAGCGGGAGCAGCCCACCAACAUUAUCUGUAAUAAUUGCACUUCUCUCAGAUACGGUCUGCAGGGAAAUAACAGAGGCGAGGAACUAAUAAACAGAAGCUAAAGCUACGCUUUCACAGCCACUGCAUGUGUGAGAUUUACUGUACAGAUUUAUAAGCUGCUUCAUGUUCUUUUGAUUAUUUACUGUAAUAUCCCACAUUAGUGCAUCAACAUUGUCCACAGCAUUAUGCCUGAGUGAUGUGUGUAAUGUGUGUUGGUGGAUGCGGCUUCAAAUAGCCUAACAUGCCGGUCCUCCUACGAUUUGUUGCCUUGCAGAUCAGUGCAGACGUGCAAAACAGGAGUUGCCAAACAUUAACAUGUUGGUGCUCAGUAAACCACAGACACCCCCCCCACACACACAAACACCUGCACAUAAAUACAUACAUACACCCAGCCAGAAGAUGAAAGUCCCAUAAAGUAGCAUUUUCAUCUGACAGUCUUGCUUUUGAUUUCAUGCAGAAUUUUUUCUACGACAGUGAAACUUUAAAAUAGACCCCCCUGUCAUUUUCCACCGCCCUGACUUCAAAAGAGCAAAAUCGUAGUGAAACUGAAGAGCUCAUGCAGCCUCAGAGUGCAAUGCUAAUGACUUGUUUUUCCAUUAUUUACCACAGCUCAGCGAUGAACGACAAGACUAAAGAGAAAGUGGCCAUUAAGAAGCUCCACAGGCCUUUCCAGUCAGAGAUCUUUGCUAAGAGGGCCUACCGAGAGCUCCGACUGCUCAAACACAUGAAGCACGAAAAUGUGAGUAGAUUGUACAGUCAAAACAUUUCCUGUUUCCUUGAACAGACUGUAGUUUUGCUGAUAUGAGUUUUUACCUAGAAAUACCACAAUGGUCUCUGAGUUGGUUCUAAAGAGUUAAUUCUCACAUCUGCUCUCAUGUCUCUGAAUCUUUCCAGGUGAUAGGACUUCUUGAUGUGUUUACACCUGCUACAAGCCUCGAUGAAAUGCAGGACUUGUGAGUAUUUAUUUUUUUUUUUUUUUUUGCUGUAGUAGAACAGUCUUUGAGGACAGGCAGAUAGCACCUCUGAUGUUUUGUAGGUGUUGUGUUCACCUGCUGAGAAGCCUGCAGGACUGCAGGACCUUUGGGAUCAAGGAUUGUUUUUAUAUUUGUAGGAACAGAAGAAAAUCUCAGUCUCCAGAGUGAUGUGAGGAUAUCUGUCUGGUUUCUCCUCUCACUUUUGGAAAAUAAGAUACUGACUGAUCCCUUUUUUAAAACAUGUUUGGUUUGGUCUAACAUGCACUUAGACAAUCAUUUAGGUUUUUAGGAUUUUUAUCAGGAAUUGGGUGGUAAGAUAUUAGGGGUGGGAAAAAAAUCAAUACAGCAUAGUAUCGCGAUACUUUGUCUGGUGAUAUAUCAUAUCGUCUCAUUUACCAAGCAUUGAUUUUUUUCAAAUUAAUUGCUAAUAUGAAGUCAAUUCUAUGAUAAUGAAAAAAUAAAAUCAACUAUUUGUCCAGUGACAUCAUAGAGAAGAAGAAAGUUAGUACAACAAAUAUAGCAGCACCUGGAAAAAGACAUUAGGAAUGCAAGCAGAGCACAAAUGAGAUGGACCUGACACAUAAGGUUUGCAAGAUGUGCUACAUGAAAUAAACUACUGUGUAAUUAAGACAAACAUAAAAGAAAGACAAAUGUUAAAUUAGCUAAACAGUUGAAAAAAUUUUAUAAAUUGCAAUAUAUUGUAUCGCAAUACUCACUGUAUUGCAAAAUGUUAAAAAUCUCAAUAAUAUUGUAAAGUGGUCCAAGUAUCGUGAUAAUAUCGUUUCGUGGGGCCACUGGGGAUUCCCACCCCUAUAAGAUAUGAAGAAUUUAACAAAAUGUGAGAGUGUGCAUGAAGCACAGACCCUAUGCAAUGCCCUAAACUGGCCAAAUCCCAGCUGUCAAGAGGCGGGGUAAAUAAACCCUGGACAGGCUUCCACUCUAUCACUGUGCUGUUAUGAAGAGAUAGACAGCUCAUUAUACUCUCACCUACAGGCAAUUUAGUGUCAUUAAUUACAUCAAUUACAAGCAUGUCUUCAGACUGUGGGAGGAAGCUGGAGUACCUGGAGGGAAUUCAUGCAUGCAUGAAGGAAAUAUGCAAACUCUGCACAGACCAGCUCCUGUCUGAGCAGGAACCAAGAUCCUUUUUUGUGGCUGCACUGGUUGGAGGACUUAAAAUAAUGCCUCUAAAAAUAAAGACGUAAUUAUAGUGUUUUUUUUUUUUUAAUUAAACAAAUCAGACACAGUAUUAUGUACCAUGAAAACUUUAAUACAUAAAUUUAGAGCUAGAAAAAGAUAAAAACUUGAAAAUGAAAGUAACUGAAAAUGACAAAUGCAUUUUCAUAUAUCAUAAUUUACUGUUCAGUUGUUACAUAACAUCUCAUUAAAGCUCCUCUGAGGAGUUUUAUAACAUUAAUGAAAGCAACCUAAAUUUAAACCAAAGCUUUUUCAUAAAAUUAAAAAAACAAUCACGACUAUCUGCAACAGGACUGACCAUUUAUGCUGUCAUUUUUGAUGUCUGAAAUUCGUGCAGGAGGGUAGGUGUCAGCGAAGCAGCUAGAGAGACUGCCCUGUUUUUACAUUUUCCAAUUAUGAUAUUCACAAUUAACAAUAAAUUUGACAGCCAACAGUCAGAAUGAUGAAAUUUAAUGUCAGUGGAUGCAACAUAAGCAUAGAAAUUUAGGGGCACCAAACUUGAAGUUCCUCACAGGAGCUUUAAAUUCUAUUUUGAAAUCUAUGACUCAGUUCAAUUCAAAGAUUAUUUAAGUCUGACAGAGCUAGAUUUAAAACUAAUCAAACUAGUUGACACAAAUAUGAUGAUGCUGAAAGUACCUGAUGAAAGCCUGAUCAGUUUUGUUGCAAUCCAAACAAGGAUUUGGGUUGAUUCUUGUUUCAAAAUCUCACUGUGACAGUGGAAUUGACUUUUCAGAGCUAAAUCUCAAGCAUAAACAUCACUGUGAUGAAAAAAAAAAAAAAAAAAAAAAAAAAAAAACUGUACAAACUGAAAACUGACUGAUGUUACAGAGUAGUAUCUGUUAAGACCUCAGGGCACUGAUGUUAGGAGAGUGCCAAAAGCAAACCUGCAAUUAUGGUAAUGAAGGUAUGAUGCCAAAGGUGCUGCCAAGACAAAACAAAAUGGAGUUCUGUGAGAUAGUAACUGUAAAGUAAUAUUGAGUACUUCCUGAACUGAUAACAGUGAGAAUAGUGCUCCUUUCUUUUACAGUCUACACCUCAAACCCAUGCCCUUUUUAAGCCAGUAUGAUCAACCCUAAAGGGUAGCAAACACUGUUCAUUCCUGCCGUUAACUGGGAAAUGUCAGAGUAGUCUUCAUGGCUAGGACAGAGACACUGAAGAGAUAAGGAGACUAAAGACUGAAAAGAGUUCAUGUAGGUUAGUGAAGGAGCCAACAGAUAUAGAAGCUUUGAUUCUGCUGAGUGUGUUCAACUUACAGACCUUGCUGUUAGACUGCUACCUGUUUUUGGGCAAACAUUUUCAAGCGCAUCAUUAUGUUGUGUUUUCGACAGGAAGACAUACACACAGGGCUUUGCAUUUAUCCUGAUUGGCAGGUGGCCAUGAGUGACCUGCAGCAUGAACACGCAGGAUUAUGUAAAGAGGAAGAAUAUAUUUAACGUCUUAUGAAUACAAGUGUUACAUGAACAUACACAAGCACCUUAAGCUGCUUAAUGGAAGUCUGAAAAGAUGGAUUAAAGGGAAAAAAACAGCAGACUGCUAAAGAAAGCUUUAUUGUAGACAUUAGCUGUGCUCUAGAGUGGGAGAAGCCUGUGUGGUGUAGAGCAGUCUAUCUCCCUCCACUUAUUGCCUUGCUCACUCUGCCUCUCUCCCUGUCUUUAUCUUAGCUACCUGGUGAUGCCUUACAUGUUUACUGACCUAUCCAAGGUGCGAGGACAUCUCUCAGAGGAUAAAGUCCAGUUUCUCGUCUACCAGAUGCUCUGUGGACUCAGGGUGAGCCGCUGACCUUAGAGAAAAAUAUAGUUUUUAUCAAGAGCAGUAAAAGACAUUUUGUAAAGUAUAGAAAUCAUUAAAAGCUUUCUGACAGUUAUUCAAUGUCGUUUUGUGGCACAGUUGAGCAGUUCAGUGAAUGCUCAUUUUCUUACAAGGAGACAUUUAAUAUGAUGCAAAAUGCUCCCUAGACUCAGCUUUUGUUUCUUUUAUGAGUGAUUUUAACACAAACUUGCAAUUUAGUUGAUUUAAUCGUAGAAUUCAAAACCGUUAUGUGCAAAAACACAAAGUCCAAUGUUUUUUCUGAAGAUACAAUAGCUUGUUUGUCUCCUAAAGGGUUUUUGCUCAAACACUGUUUAUCCUGAGUGAACUUAAUUUUGUCAAUAACUGGAUUUCAUAGUGUAGAGGAAUUAUUACACUAAUGGGACCGGGACUAUCCCAAUAAGAUAUUUUUUUCUGUCUUCCUGCAGUAUAUUCACAAAGCUGGAAUCAUCCACAGGGUAAGAACGAGUCAAACACAUUUCAGCUCCAAGUUUCUUCACCUAACUCCUUCUUUGUUUGGUCUAUGACAAGUUAACCUUCAGAGUUUUAGUGGUGAUUUGCACACACAUUACUCUGACUCAGAUAGCACACAGGCACACACACAUACACACACACACUUCCUGCACCGCUGCUCUACAUGGGAAUGUUGAUUUAAUUUGUCAUUGUUAUACAGUCAGAUCCAACUCUGCCCCAACAGGUAGGAUGAGUUCACUCCUCUCUGAUGUCCCUAAGCAUGUCGAGAGAUGUUUGGUCACACCCUAAAGCGCGGGACCAAGCGUUGUGGGUGUGAGUGUGUAAAAGAGAAAUCAGACAUAGACAAACACAUCUGUUACACGAGCUUUUUUAUCUCUUUGAGAUCAGAUAACUGAGGGCCUUCUUGGGGCAUUUUAGACUGAUGUUGCCGGAAAUAACACAACACAUAGAUUUAAAUCAAUGCCCGUCUUAUUCUCACACAUUUUAAUGAUAAAAAUUGAUUACUUACUACUUACUUGUCUACACAGCAAACGCUAGCAUGUGAUUGUUGAGCACUGAUCACUCUAACACUCUAUUUACAUGUGUUACAGUCGAAAACAGGCUCAUACACUCUCUGAAACAGUCCUUUGUUGAAGAGUUUCAAACACAGUCAAGUCGUCAUUAAUGCUCUUUAACACAGCCUCACUUAUCCGUUGUUAUAUCAUGACACUUUAAUGAAUGAGUGAAGGAAAGCUGCAGUGAGUCUUAUGGUUAUCCGCGCUGAGUCACAGCAUACCUGCUUAAAAUCUCUGUGGUUUUUUAUGCAUUGAGUCAAACAGCUGAGCCAUGUGAGGUCAGAGGAACCAUGUGGACUAAAGCCCUACGCAGAGACAGUUUUUACUGCUAUGUACAGACUCUAUAAAGUGCUGUUAAACACCACGUACAAUUCGUAUCCAUCACUCAACUCAUUUUCUUUUACAGGAUCUGAAGCCUGGAAACUUGGCAGUGAACCAAGACUGUGAACUGAAGGUUUGUACACUGAAGACUUACACCUGAAAAACACUUAAGUGCUGCUCUUGUGAUACAAUAGGAUUUCACAGGUCAUAGAAAAUGUAACACAGAGGGAGCCACAUGUGGACUUAAUAAAAGGUGGACAUGUUAGUGUUUUGGUUCUUACAUAAAUCUGGUUCAUAAAAGCUGAAAAACAAAACAUCAAAACAAAUGUGGAUAAUAAGAUCAUUUUUAUACCCAAUUAUGUUGAUUAUUAGCUGGAAAUUGAAGAAACUCAAUUUUUUAUUAUGGGCUUGACGCAGCGUGCUGCAGCUUCACUCAUCAUCUUCCUCUGCCCCCUCCCCGCUGGAUCCAUUCACUGAGCCUGUGGCAGUGUACAUCAAAACAAAGCUAAGAAACUGGUCUUUUAGAGAACCUUGUUCACGCCCUUCUUUUAGAGAAACCUCUGCUUAAAGUCGCAUCAUUUUAUCCACAUUAUUGAACUUGUUUACUAGAUAUUGUGGACUGCGUCUCUCUACAGGCAGACAGCAGCUGUACUGGUGGCGUAGAUGUCUAUCACCGCCUCUUAGUGGGAGAGGAGGUGUUAAUAUGGACAGUGAAAGUCUUGUGUAUCUGGCAGAAAGCUUUCUUAAAAAGAUCUAACAAAGUAUGCACAAAAUUCAGCAAAAACCAGGCUGUCUUUAACUGUGCUCGAGGGCACUUGCUCUAUUGAUGCUAAUAACUGCCUAAAAAAUGUUGCUAAUAUGUUAUUUUGGUAUUUUAUGACCACAAGAACUGUAAGUUGAAAAUCGGAUGUCAUGACAGCCCUGGUAUUCUCUAAUACCAUGUAGACAUUUUAGUCUAAAUAGAUGUAUGCUAUGUAGUGUUCAUAUGCCUGAUCUUGAUCUGUUUCUUUGCCUCGGUACAGAUCCUGGACUUUGGGCUGGCUCGCAGCACAGACGCUGAGAUGACGGGCUACGUGGUGACUCGUUGGUACCGGGCGCCUGAGGUCAUUCUGAACUGGAUGCACUACACCCAGACGGGCAAGACAAUCAUAGCUGUUACACAUUUUACCCUCUGUUCUGGCUAGAUGUGCGGUGUCAGUGCUGUCUCUGUGUCUGUUUGUUGUUUUUCCAUCUCAAAGCGCCCCAGCUCCAGGUACAGGGAUGUGUUUCUCUCAGCAGCAGCAGCUUGUCUAGUACUCUAUGAGUCAGCAGUUUUGUAAUCCUCUCGUCGGUGCAUUUAAAGCAGCAUGGGUUUCAUUGUGAAGAUAAAUCUUUUUUUUCUUGCCUUAAUCUUCAAGCGGUUGACACAGAUGGGUCUGACAGCAGCCUGAUAGUGCAGACACUCAGUGACAGAGCUGUCACUGCAUUGGAGCAGACUCUUCCAGGAUUUAUCUUUCUAUAGGAGAUAGUGGUUUUUCAUUUUGUAAACAGCCUCUACAGAAUGAAAUGUAGCACUGGAAGGAAAUCUGGCAAGUUUUCACCCUUCAUAGGGUUGUAUUACUCACCAAAUAUUCCCCGACAUAAAAAGCACAAAAGAUCCUUCACUGUCUCCUGUGAAUGGGAACUUUGCUCCGGCAUAUAAAUGUUACCUUCCUUGUUUUUACUGCACUAAACUUGAGACUAUUUGUAUUCUGCUGGGGUUUUCACUGAGGCUUUUUUUCUUCCUUGUUUAUUCUAGUGGACAUCUGGUCUGUGGGCUGCAUCAUGGCAGAGAUGAUCAAUGGAAAAACGCUAUUCAAAGGCAAAGACUGUAUCCUUUCAUCUACAUUACCCAUACGCUGGACCCCAUACAUCUGAAGCCUCAAAAUAAUAACAAAGCUAUCAGCAUUCAGGGCUGAAACCUUGGUAUUCUUUUAUUAUCAUCACAUUAGCAGAGCUUAAUAAAGGUUGUUUGACUUAAUGACAGUUUUAUGCCGUAUUAAGCUCUUUAAAUCAAGUGCAGACUGGAACAUAAAAAGUUAUUACCGUAAAUAACAUGCAGCAAAAACAGCAUGUCUCCUCAGGCAGCAUAUGAUGCAGCUCGAGUUGCACUACAUACCACACUUCUCAGCACAGUUUAUAUGUUUAUGUUUAUGUUCAUUUUGACAUCAGUGAUUUAUAGGUCCUGUUGGUAAAGCUCUCACUGCUUUACUCAAUGGCUUACAGUUCCUUCUAAUUUUCUGGGUUUGUGGUCCUGUUUGGAAACCCUGCUUUCCACUCCCAUUGAGUGGACUUUUUAUGAACCUCCAGAACAACCAAGGUUUCAAAUUCCUUGAUUGUUCCCCUUUUACUGCCAGACAUGGACCAGCUGACUCAGAUCCUGAAAGUGACAGGAGUACCAGGAUCAGAGUUCAUACAGAAACUGGACAGUCCAGAGGUAGGACGAAUCAAAGUGUCUCAACAAUAUGUAUAGAUGUCAUCAAAUACAGUCAGUCAGAGUGUUUCUAGAGGGACCAAACCUAGCAGUCAUUAUUUUCCAAAUGUACAUUUUAAUUAAAAUGAUUAGUUUGAGCAAGUGUUAAAAACAAACAGGAACUCUGUCUUUUUAAUGCAAAAGAGCUGUACAAAAAUACUCUAUUGUGAUCAAACUCAUCCUCUUUUUAUUAGGAUUAAAGCUCCUGUAAGAAACUUUUGGUUUGAGUUAAAUUUGGUGCCCCCUGUGGACCAAGUACUUUUUGCUUAUGUUGUCCUUAACAUACUUGAAUGGCGGCUUUUGAUGAAAUCUAAAUGUGUAAUUCAUUGUGCAUGUUUUAUGUAGACAUUGCAAAAACAAGACUGUUUUUUGUUGUUGUUGUUGUUGUUGUUGUUGAUGAUGAUGAGCUGAUAUAUCUAUACCCUUGCCCCAGUUUGAGAGAGCAUUGAUAUGAAUUUCGGUGUAUUUCAUAUAUAAAAUGCUCUUCAUUCGGGCUUGAAUUUACUAAAAUACCAAGAAAAAAAGUCUGAGAGGAACUUUCAAACCUGAAAAGGCAAAUGUUUAAACUCUCUUCUGUCAGGGGAUGAACCAAUAGAGAAUUUGUACCUGAAAACGUGAAAACAUGCAGUAAAAUUUAAUUCAAUAUUGUGAUGUUGAUAUGUGAUUCCUGACAAUUGCAGCUGUAAAAAGAGUGGGAGUAAAAAUGUAAAAUUCAUCCUGAGGGGGGCACCAGAGGAAGAGUCUGGGAAUUUUUUACACAUAAAGCAGGGGAGGGUGAUGGGAAACGGAAACUUUGGUUUCAAGGUACUUUUGUGAAUAUUUAAACUGUUUGUCUCAUCCACACAGCACUGUGAGUGAGUGCCAGUUUGAACAUGUCUUCACAAAUUAGUGUGUCUUAAAAAAGAUCUUAUCUAUUUAGCUAUUUAUUUUAAAACCCAGAGACAAGUGCUGAAGGACUGUUAAUAAUAGAUGGGAUAAUUGUGAACCACGUUCAGGUUUAAACAUGUACAUGUCUGAUGUAAUCUGUCCAAACUCAACUACUUCAGAGAGUUACUUCUAACAGAACUUAAAUUAUUGGUUAUAUCACAGUUCUUAAUUUUUAACAAAAACAUUAUUUUAAUGUUCAGUUUUUCCCCACUUUUCUGUUGGUGUGGGAGAGUUUUUUUCAGUUAUAGCAUGACAUCCCUGGCUCAGUCAGGGUUCUUCCGUUUUCAAAACGCGGGUGAAAUUUACUAUGCUUUGUUUUGACUGAUUUUAGAUACCAAAUCUAGAGGUGAAGUACAAAUCUGCAAACAGAAUGGAUAUUACAUAAGCACUUCUAUUGACUAGGAUUGCGUUGUUAUUAUAUUUUUUAUAACAGCUUUGUUUUAUCCUUCCUCUCCCUCUUCAAACAGGCAAAAACUUAUAUCAAGGCCCUCCCUCGGUAUCCCAGAAAAGACUUUUCAACGUUGUUCCCCAGAGCCAGCGCAAAAGGUGAGUUUAGCCCCAGCCUUUUUCUAAACUCUAGUGGUGCUGACAUUUCAAUUUAACCUUUGUCCACACUUCAGACUCCUUGAUAAACCAUCCACUCCUGCUGCUGUGGACCAAAUGUUUGUCAGUAAAGUUAUCCCCUGUUUCAUCAGCUUACAAAGUUUAUUUUGCUCUAGUCUGGGAGUGCUGCAACUCUCCUGGUGCAUAGUUCAUGAAGCUUUUGAAGCUACUUUUUUAAACAAUCUGUGUCAGCUGGGUCAUGAACAGAGGGUUUUUUAUGUUGUGCAUUUUAUAUAACUGCAUAUUUUUAUCAUUUGGAGUCAGCUCACAGGUUAACAUUGAGUAGAUACAGAACACUCGGUAAAUCCUGUCUUUUAAAAAGCUUGCAGGCUUUAACGCUGAGUUUUGAGACAUUAACUGAUAAACAGUUUUAUCAUUUUUGACCAGGUUGUUGCACUACUAAUGUUUGCAGGUAUUGAUCUGCUGGAGAAGAUGCUGGUGCUGGACGGAGACGAGAGACCCACAGCUGAACUCGCUCUGGAGCAUCCUUACUUCGACAGCCUGAGGGAUCCAGACGACUUUCCUCAGCCCACGCCGUACGACGACAGCCACGACAAUGCCACACUUUCCCUGGAGGAGUGGAAGCGUAAGUAGAGUACACUGAGCAAACAUUUGUAGAAGAAGUCGAUAAUAAUACGAUCAGUGCUGCCUCAAGAGAAAGAAAAUAGUCAUACUGUAACGAACAAAGUGAGCAGUGGUACAGAAUUCCCACUUGCACUACAUUUCCUGACUCUAAAUGUUUUCCAUGUUUGUCAUUCUGGCCUAUUUACAGCAACACAAACAUACCACUGCAGGGCUGCCAUUAAUGUGCUAAUUAAUAAUUUAUUUAAAAAUUCCCUGCAAUAUUUCUCUAAUGGCUUCUGUUUAAAUGAAGACCGGAGUAGUGGAAGUGCUGAACGUGCAGGAAACAAAUGGUCUUCCACUUUUGCCCACAGGGUUAUGUUUCAGAGAGGUGAAAAGCUUUGUUCCAUUCCCACGGAGGGACUCCAAGAGGAAAAACACUCUCACCAUGUCUCCCUGAUGCUCGAUGCUUGUCUUCUAACUGUACAGCCAAUGGUGCCCUUGUAUACUACAACCAUGGAUUCACUCUAUUUCCUUUACCCUGGAUUUGUUCGGAUUUUGACCCAGUGUUCAGUAGAGUGGUUAUUUUAAAACUAUUACACCUUUUUUUAUGUGCAAUUGUCUACAAGUGUAGAUUGCCCUUUUAAGUUAAAAACUCCCUGUCAGUGGAGCAUCUUUGUAAAUGUAUUUUGACCAAAUGUUUGAGGCUUUACUGUAAGAUUUACUGUAGUAUUGUUUUUCCAAUUAAAAACCAGUAGAAGAUGUGUAUGAAACUUUGUGUUCAAAGAUUGUAUAUGUUGCUACCCAAAAUGAAAACCAAAAUAUGCUGGACUAACCUAUAACCAACCUCAGUGUCAUUUUAUUAUAUUCUUAAAUGAACAUUGCAUCUUUAUACCUUGUAUGAUGUUAUCAUACAAGGGCCAAAGUGAGCGAUAUGCCCAGGAAACUUGGAAAGCAUCUACAAGGCUUUGCAGCAACCCUCAUAAUUGAUUAGAAGUAUUCACAAAAAAAACAAAACUAUGAUUUUUGUGAUUCUCAAUUUGGAAAAUGUCUCAAUAAUACUCAUAACAUCCAAGACUCUGGGUGUUUUAAGUAAAGUGAAAGCACCGUAUGCGGUUAUUAACAAUUAUAUAAUCCUAUAACACAUUAUUAAGAAGUAAUCAGCAGCAUGUUGUGGCUGCAAGUAAGGCAUCAGGCAAAAUACUUAACAGCAUUAAUACAUUUUUACACCUGUAAAUGUUUUCUUUUGCAGUAAAUACAUUUCAUAAAAAUAAAAAAAACAUACACACACAAGACAUCAUGCUUGCUGAUUAGAACUCUUCAUAAACAUCACUAUAUCAGCUGUUAUGAAUGCAUAUUAUGACUCAUAAGGGUUGAUCUAAAGCCUCAUGGAUGAAUUUUGAGACUUUAUAAAUGUGCCAGUUAUGCAUUAUAAGAGGUGGGUUCAUAUUAAGUGUUCCACAAUCUAAUCCUCACCUCUUUAAAAGUCAGAUUCGAAUCUCUGCUGCGGGAAUGCAAAAAGACGUGCUGUAAAUUACCUCAUGUGUCACCCCUCUUGCAGCUGUUUCACGCAUCAAUAACAAUUAUAUGGAAAUGCCAUGCACUAAGCUGUCACACCCCACAUGUCCCAGAGCAGAGAUUACUGCUCAUCUCUUCAUUUUUGUAAAACCCAACUUUAUAAUACUUUUUUUCAGUUCUUUAUAUUAGUUUGGUUGUCACACAAACUCAAGAAAACACAAUUUCCCUCAAUUUAUGACAGCCCUGAAGUCUUGCUGCUUUUGUAGUUCACAAAGAGACCCAAGUAUUCAUUUCAGUCCAUGUCAUAACCACAUGAUAACCUCUUUCGGGAGCUUUAAUGACAAAAGCCCCUAAAGACCUGUAGUCAAUCACCUGUCAGCUGGAAUAUUUGAACAUGACAAGGUGUGUGAUGCUGAAACUAACAUUUCUUGCUUUGCUUUUUCUGUUCAUGGAGACAUGUUGACAUGCUUUCUCUGUUUUUCUGUAUGGAUCACGACUUCCCAUUGCCAGUAAGAUUCAGCUAAAGUCUGUUGUGUCUUUCCAGUAUAAGUAGCUUUGUACUGGACUGGACCUCAUGCAGAAGCUGUGUUUUAUAUUGGUCAACCAUAAGGGUUUAAGACUAAUCUGUUGGAAUGUGUUUACUAUUUGUUUCUGCCUUGAAACCUUGUAGUGUGUCAUUUUAAACUGAUAUAUUUUCUGAUUAGGUGAGUGCAUGUGUAUGUGUGUAUUCAGUGUGUGUGUGCAGAUCUAAUAAAUCAUGAGAGUGUGCUCUUGUUUUACGUUCAUGAAGAGACAGAAGAGGUGUCACUGCUCAAUUUUGGCGACAGCUAUUUAAUAAUGCUGCAGGCUUUAAAACUACACAUCCAGAAACGAUUCUGCAGCACUGAGAUCAACACAGACUGUGAUCUGUCAUUGACCCCGUUAAGUAGCUUGCGCGCGAAAAUCAUGCCCGGAUGACGUCAAGGAGGCGGAUUUAACAAGAAUCAAUUUCGGUACGAGAAAAGCGGAAGUGACAUGUUUCCCCUUAAAAUUAAGAGUGUAUUAUGGCGUAAUCUUGAGAAAAAUAUUUUUUGUUACCAAGGCCAAUUUAUAUCCACUAAUUAAGAGACAUAAGUCUGACUGUAAGUCUGAAUUAACUGUUUAAAUAUAUUCUGGACAUAUUACAAGAAGAUUUAUGUGUACGAGUGCAGAUUUUAUUUAGAGACCCAACUGGGAAAAUUCAGGAAAAUCAAAAUGACACACAAAAAGAAGACUUUCAGGAUUUGUCAAGGUUAUGAAAACCUUGGGGUUACUUUCUGCAGAGGUGAACAUUCCAUUAGGUUUUGGCUUGGGAAGUCACAAAACUGAAAUGCAAGAUUCUGCUUUUUUUAUUCAUAUAACCCAUGUACACUCAAUAAAGUCAGUAUAUUACAAAUGCC